GAUUAGUAUUCAAAACAUUUUCAACCAAUCAGUUUUUAAUUAUAAUUGCCUCACGUCAUACGAAGCAAACAAUAUUUCGCUUUAAUUACUGCUCGUUUGAUUUGUUCAGAGGUUUGUAUGACGACGUGUACCUAACAUAAAGUUUUGUUUAUGUUAUCUUGAACAUCGUUUUUAGUUAAAUAAUAGAGUUUGAUAUAGUGGAUUGCUCAGUUUUAUGGACUUUUUUUUACAUAAGAAGAUUCUAAAUUUACUUGCAAAAGAUAUGAAGUAGCCUGUCUUAGGAUAAAAAAAAAUUGUACGAACAUCAUGAGUACGUGUGUUGAAGGUAAACCCAACCAAGAAAUUGAUUACAAAUGGGAUGAAAAAAUAUUAGAAGAAUUUAGAAACGAUGUACUCAAUGAACAAGACCUAAACUGUAGAACUGACGAUAUAUUUCUUCUAAGUUUUCUACGAGCAAGAAAAUGCGACAGAGAAAGAGCAUUGAAAUUGUUGAAGAAUUAUUACUCGACCAGAAAGAAAUAUCCAAAUGUUUUCAAGAAUCUAAGACCAUCAGCGCUAGAAGAAUUUCUGCAGAUGAAUAUAAUUGCAUCUACAAGGUUCGACAACGACAAGGUUUUGGGUUUAGGAUUAGUUAGCCGUUGCGAUCCAACGAAAGUGAGAUUAAUUGAUAUAAUAAGAUGCAUAACACUUUUGCUUGAUUUAGAACUAAAUGAUCAUCCGAUUCAAGUAAAUGGAUAUACUGUAUUAAUAGAUUUUAAUACAAUAUCUUGGAAACACAUGAUUCAGUUUACUCCAUCAAUGAUACAAUUAAGUGUUUCGUGCAUACAACAAUCAAUUCCUAUUCGCUACAAGACUCUUCAUUUUGUCAACUGCAAUAAAUAUGUGAGACUACUUUAUGCAAUGUUUUCUCCGCUUCUACCUCAAAAAAUGAGAGAACGAAUUCGUUUGUAUGGUUCAGAUUUCACAGAACUUCACCAAGAAAUCAAUCCCAAAUAUCUUCCUGCAGAAUUUGGUGGCAUGUUAUCCUCCUUUGAUACUUCUGGAUACAAUCAACGAUUGAGAGACAAUGAAGAAUUUUUUAUAGAAAAUGAAAAAUAUUGGACUGAGGAGAAGAAUAUUUAGGAGCAAUGAAUAUGAAACUUGAAAGUUCUUCGUAACGAAUUUGAUGUAAUCAUUAUUAUUUUAUUGUAAUGUCUUAGCUUAUAAAUUUUACAUAAUAGAAAUAAAA